GGUUUCAAAUGCCAAUCAUGCUAUACUGUGCGGCUGUGCCAAGAACAGAAAUAUGCGAGCCACGUAGCCUAUCCCCAAGCCACACGCUCAGGAAAAGAAAUCUAGCACGAUCAAGCAGCACCAGGGGGGGAGGAUGUUCCGAGCAGUGAAGCAUGUCGUCGUCGUGGCGAAGGCGAAGAAGAGCGGGGCAGAGCCAGCCUUGUCGGCCUUCGCGAGCCACUUCUCCGCGGCCUCCACCGCGCAGAGGUUGGCCGGGAAGGUGGCCGUGAUCACCGGCGGCGCCAGCGGCAUCGGCAAGGCGACGGCCGCGGAGUUCGUCAGGAACGGCGCCAAGGUCGUCCUCGCCGACGUCCAGGACGACCUGGGCCGCGCCGUGGCAGCCGAGCUCGACGCGGACGCGGCGUGCUACACGCGCUGCGACGUGGCCGACGAGGCGCAGGUCGCCGCCGCCGUGGACCUGGCCGUCGCGCGGCACGGCCGCCUCGACGUCAUGUUCAACAACGCCGGCAUCAGCGGCGCCCUGACGCCCGUCCCUCUCGCCUCCCUGGACAUCACGGACUUCGACCGCGUCAUGGCGGUCAACGCGCGGGCCAUGCUCGCCGGCGUGAAGCACGCGGCCCGCGUCAUGACGCCUCGCCGCAGAGGCAGCAUCAUCUGCACGGCCAGCACCGCGGGGGUGCUGGGCAGCGUGGCGCCGCACCCGUACAGCGUGUCCAAGGCGGCGGUGCUGGGGCUGGUGCGCGCCGUGGCAGGGGAGAUGGCGCGCUCCGGGGUGCGCGUGAACGCCAUCUCGCCCAGCUACAUCCCGACGCCGCUGGUGAUGCGCACCAUGGAGGAGUGGUACCCGAAGGCGACCGCCGAGGAGCGUCGGCGGAUCGUGGAGCAGGACGUCAACGAGAUGGAAGGGACGGUGCUGGAGGCGGAGGACGUGGCCAGGGCGGCGUUGUACCUGGCGUCCGACGAGGCCAAGUACGUGAACGGGCACAACCUCGCCGUCGACGGCGGGUACACGGUCGGAAAGCCGCCCAACAUGCCGGCGCCGGCGCAGUAAGAGUCGAUCGGCGGACGAUCCAUGGUCCAUUCCUUCGGGAUUUAAAAAUUAAAAUCACGGUGUCUUGCUGCACCGGAACAAUCGAGCGUUUUUUCUCUUCAAAAUUGCAAGAACAAUUCUUCCUCAACAAAUGAACUCCUAGUAUCUUGCACCGGGAUCCCUAGCACAUAAAUGUCUGAACUCUGAGUUACAGUCGCAGAUGCUAUUCUUCUUUCCGUGUUGCUUGUGUCUGUAGGAGCUUGAUUUUCUUUUUCUUUUGAGGGUAUGGUAGGAGCUUGAUGGGUUCUGCCACUCGAUUAAGGAUUUUGGUUUGAUUAUCCGGCUUCAACAGCAAGAUUCAGAAUAGAUGUUCAAGUUUAA